AUGGAAAUCAAUGUGACGAUGCGAGCCGGUAUUGGUAUAUCGCUAGUGAAUGGAUCGCAUGAAGAGCUGCUAUAUGCCCGGUUUGGUGGGAUCGUAGUAAGCGCACGUCGUAUGGAUGAGACUUAUCAGAUGACUGGAAGUGUCGACGUCAUCCAGAUUGACAAUCAGCUUUUGAAUUCUGAUAAAUGGCAAGUCCUCUACUGUCAACCGGAAGUUCUCAUGCCAGAUGACGAUUCUCACUCUCCAUGGGCGAAUGGUGAUCUUCCACCUGGCGUAUCUGGAACUGCAAGGCCAGCAUUGAAGUUGGAAAUGAACUGCACACCGAUGAAGCACUACGAUGCCUUUGAUUGCUUCCGCGUGAAGCUAUGCGAUUUGGACGUGCAGUUGGACGAGCUACUUCUGUGGAAACUGGUACAAUUCGCACAGGCCUCAGAAGCAGCCUCUAGCGUUCAGCAACGGACACUAAGUUUGCCGCCCAAUACAGAGUACGUCAGUUCGUAG